AUGAUGGAAGGUGAAGGAGUGUACAAAUGGUCUAAUGGCACUUAUUACAAAGGAGAAUUUCAACAGAACCAGAUGCAUGGAACAGGCUUGUUACAGUGGCAUAAUAAUUGUUGGUACAAAGGUGAUUUCGAGAAUUGUUAUCAACAUGGUAGAGGAUUAUACGUAGACAGUGACAAUCGUUUUAUGUAUACUGGUCAGUGGCUGAAGGGCCGCAGAAACGGAAAAGGUUAUGCUCGUUACCAAGAUAACAGUUCGUACGACGGUGAUUGGGUAAUGGACAGAAUGUGCGGAUUUGGAUUACGAAUUUACUCGGAUGGGUCUCGUUAUAUGGGUCAAUGGAAAUAUGGUCUUCGCCACGGUAACGGAACUAUGGUGUGGGCUAAUGGGGACAUUUACCGUGGAGAAUGGAAACACGGUUUAAUGAAUGGUUAUGGAAUGUUCGUAUGGAACGCGUUUUUCAACAAAACAUUUACGUGGCCUCAGGAGACUUCGUUCGUAGGUCAUUGGCAUAAUGGAAAGCGUCAUGGCAAGGGAGAGAUCAAAUUUAACACAAUUGGGGGUGCUAAAUAUUCUGGGUAUUGGAAGGACAACAAAAAACAUGGCCCUGGAAUUAUAAUAGGGAACAAUGGAGACAAGAUAGAAGCCGAUCCAUUAUUUCAAAAUGAUAUUUUGAUUUCAUCCGAUAUCACGAACAAUAGUAUUCAAGAUCAAUCGGCAUCCGAUGCUGUGGAUCAAUGUAUGCCUUUUACAAGAGAAUCCAAUGUUUCAUUUGUUGAAAUGGCAACUAAAUUAAGGAUAACUCCUGUAACCCCAGUUUUAAGACCGGAACAAUUUCCAUCUUUGUCCUAUUAUCUCGCGCGAUUACUGGACCCAAAAAGCUUAGAGGAUCCUGUAAUACGUUCAGUUCCAUCGGGAAAAUGUUACUUUUGUGACAACCGAUCUUGCUCCUGUCUAGCAUCAUCGAUCUCUGAUGUAUCUGAGAGCGAAGAAAAGAUUGAUACGACAAAAGAAAUGGAGGAUUCUAUUAAAUCUGAACGAGAAUAUGAAGAGCGUUGGGCAUACAAUUGUCUGACGAUGCAUAUGUUACGUUUGCGAGAAAUUUAUGCGAAUUUCGCCAAAUUAUUUUCAAUCUCGCCACCAGACUGUAAUCUUGUUAUGUGCAGAAUGUGUUUAUGGCAAUUCUGGCGAGAUUGUAAAGUUCAUGAAAGAGGUUUAAGCUUGAUAGAAAUCGAUAAUUAUAUUGCAAAAAAUCAGUCCACUAUUGUGAAAGAUCCCCAUGAUCCGUUCGAAAAAAUCGAGAUAUGGCAAUUUCUGCAUUCACUGCUAGAAGUUUCGUGGCAUUUGUACGGUAAAUCUGAUAAUUCAGAGAACCACCGUGAAAUAAAUGGAAAACUAGCCGGUAGUUUGCAUAAAUUUUUGAAAAACGACGUCUAUCCGAACGUUGAAAAUCACAUAGGCAGUUUGUGUCGUGAGUACACAAAUUUGUUACCUAUGAGUUCCGUAUUCAAAUUGAACCAAAGCAUCGGAUAUCCAUGUUCGGCAAAAAAUCUUCUUCGAGCUACGUCUAUAUCAGAAGGUACAGAGUAUUCGCAGCCUUCUUCGGUACAUGGCAAAAUGACGGAAAACUUUCCGAAUGGAAUCAACGCUAUAUCGAUAGGUGAUAGAAUGAGUUACCUAUUAAAAAUCAAUGAUAUUUUCACGGUACCGCAUCAGGAAACCAGUACAUCAAAACACUAUGGUAGUAACCAAACUGACGGACUAUUAAUCUUUAAAGAAUUAGGGGCUACGAAGAUGUUCGAAAUUAUAGCAUCAGUAUGCUCCGGUGUGAAAGACCCUGAUAAUGGUAUCAUCAUCAACAUGGACUACGAGGUUUAA